AGACUUAUCGCCCGAUGGCGAGCCAGCGUUACUUUGAAGUCAGCCGAAAUUACUCGCUCUCUUUCUUGAGUGCCGUGGGUGCGCAUCAAUAUAAACUCGGAAAGAAAGCCAUUAGGUGAUCAUCAUUAGUUACUUCCAGCUCAUCUGAUUCUCCUGACGUUUAUUGUUAACCAAAGAUACUCUGAACCGCUCUAAAGGCCGUAUGGGAAAGCAAUUUGCUAGGCUGCCGUGGCGUCAAAACAAUUCGCCGAUGACGGAUGUUAUUUGAGACUUGGCAAGAUGGACGACCAUUGUGAAUGAUGAGAUAUGGAUAUAUAGUUGGCGGAUGGCUUCUCUUUCGAUGUGUCUGCUUUUGAGAUCUACAUUCCUAUUUCUUAAGGGACUCUCUUCGGACCUUGUUAGCCGCUAUGGACAAUCGGAAACUGUUCCAGGCACCCCUGAACAAGACACCACCUGAAAUCCAACAAGCUGAUAGUGUUGAAGGGCACAGUUGGUUACUUUCUGGCAGUGAAACAAAUCUUGCCCGAGCAUGUGAAUCAGUGACACAUUCCUUAGCCUCUGUGAAUAGCAGUCAAGUUGGCUCCAUUCGGUCUUUUAUUGAUGAUGUCUCAAAAUGUAGAGAAAUAUCUAUGCAAAAAAUUGACAGAUUGAGCUAUAUUUGCUCCCAUCAAGGCCCGCAUGUAAUAUCCUCACCAAGCUUGCGGCGUACAUCUAACACGUCACAUACCACUGAAUCCUCGAUGAGCAUACAGGUGCCGCUGGCUCAAUGGGACUCAUGCAGCAUGUCAAGAACAGAUGAAGCCCUCUGUGAAUCUUUGCUACAAGUCAAUACCAGAGAGACAGACUCUACCAAAGGCAGUGAUUCACCAAGGUGCAGUUUUCUUGCGUCUCCAAGCUCGAAUAGCAAGCUGUAUGAUAGCUGUAACCUCAUGUGUAGGAUAUGUCAUGGCGGAGAUGAGGAUGAACCCCUCAUGGUCACAUGUCGAUGCACUGGGACAGUCAAGUAUGCUCACCAGAACUGUGUGUUGAACUGGAUAUCUAAGUCAGGCAAUCAGUACUGCGAGCUUUGUAAGUACAAGUACAAGACCAAGAGAAAGAAGAUCAAGUCCCUUUGGAAGUGGCAGUUUCCAAGUGUUAGCACCAAAGGCUGGCUACAUAUUGGUCUAUUUAUUGCAUUCGUCACCAUGCUUCUCACAUCCAUUACAUGGAUUGUUUGGUCUCGUGUGAGCUCCACACCAACAGCUGUAGCAGAGCGCACGACAGACGAAGUCAAAUUUGCCUACAUGUUGAAUGGUCUGUUUAUUGCACUUGCCAUUGGGGGCCUAUACUUUGAUAGCUAUCGGCACGUAAGACGUUACUUUCAACGUUGGUCAGUACUCAACAGACACAUGAUAAUUGAACCCUACUGCGACCAAGACUCUUUGACAGAAAGGACAGUCAGUUCCCUUAAAACAGCAGUUUCUAUAGAACAGAGACCUGGCUCUGAGGCGAGCAUUGCAAUUGAUAUUGCAGAAGGGCCGACAGAACCCAGAGAAAAGCAACAGCAGAAUAAAAGCAAAAGAGGCAAUGGAACAUGGGUGUAAAAACCAGACUCUCCAAAGGCAGGCAAUGGCAUAUGGGUUAGAUUACCCAGCUAUGAAGAGCCAGGCAAUGGUAUAUUGGUCUGAUUACCCAGCUAUGAAGAGCCAGGCAAUGGUAUAUUGGUCUGAUUACCCAGCUAUGAAGAGCCAGGCAAUGGUAUAUUGGUCUGAUUACCCAGCUAUGAAGAGCCAGGCAAUGGUAUAUUGGUCUGAUUACCCAGCUAUGAAGAGCCAGGCAAUGGUAUGUUGGUCUGAUGACCCAAUUAUCAGAGGCAAUUUUAUAUUGGCUUAUUACCAAACUAUCAAAAUCCAGGCAAUGUUAUAUUGGUCUGAUUACCUAACUUUCAAAAUCCAGGCAAUGGUAUAUUGGUCUGAUUACCCAGCUAUCAUAAUCCAGGCAAUGUUUUAUUGGUCUGAUUACCCAACCAUCAAAAUCCAGGCAAUGUUAUAUUGGACUGAUUACCCAGCUAUCAAAAUCCAGGCAAUGGUAUGUUUUGGCUGAUUACCCAGCUAUCUAAAUCCAGGCAAUGGUAUGUUUUGGCUGAUUACCCAGCUAUCAAAAUCCAGCCAAUGGCACUGUAUAUUGCUUUUACUGCCCAGCUAAAGGAAAUGAGGUAAUAGCGCAUGGGUACAAUUAUCCAACCAUCAAAAGUUUGCAUCUCAUGACAGAAGUAAUCAGAGAGGGUAGCGAUAUAAUAAGGGAGUUGUCAGGCUUUGACUCAAAUGCACCAGUUGUGUUUUUAUGCUUAAUAUUCUCGUUUAUAAGCUUGUUGUAGUCUUCAAAAUAUAGGAGCCCAUAUAUCUUGAUCUAAUGUUUUGGCUUGGAAAGAGGGGAGGUGCACCAUACUGUUAACUAUCUGAGACGUAAAACAAUAUUGUCUUGAUUAUAUUAAAAAAUAUGAAAGAAACUUG